CUUGGUGUAUUAGGCAACAGUUUAGUUAUUAUAUCAGUGAUACGGUACAAAUCGUUACAAUCUGUGCGCAAUAUAUUUAUCGUAAGCUUAUCUGUUAGUGAUAUUGUAAUUUCGGUGGUUUCCGGUACUAUCACACCUAUUACAGCAUUUACCAAAAUAUGGCUUUUUGGUGAACUUCUUUGCUAUUUUGUUCCAUUUAUACAGGGCGCAAGUUUAUGCUUUUCAACUUUGACCCUUACUGCAAUAGCCAUUGAUCGCUAUAUUCUUAUUAUUUUUCCAACGAAAGAGCCAAUUCAGAAGUCACAAGCUGUUAAAAUGAUUGGCAUUGAUUUCGUGCUGGCAACUGCCAUAUCUUUGCCAAUGUUUAUCAAACAACAACUUGUUAAAUUUGAAAAUUUUUGUGGUCAGUUUUGUACAGAAGACUGGGGGUCAGAUAAUACUGGCCGAAGCACUUAUGGAACAAUUGUAUUUAUAUUCCAAUUUAUUGCACCUCUAACUGUCAUCACUUUUUGCUAUACAAUGAUCUCUUUGAAACUUAGCAAGGUAUUGUAUUUGAUUCGUAAUACACUUACGUUGGCGCCUGAUUACUUAAUCACAGAACAAAUGAAUAAGUGUUCAUCCUAUAGACGGCAAGUACUUAAACGACGUGUACGUACAAAUCGUAUGCUAAUUUCAAUGGUUAGCGUAUUUGUUUGUUGCUGGAUGCCAUCUGUUGCAUUCAAUUUUCUUAGAGAUUAUCAGUGGUUACCAAACUUUGUUACUAAGCAAGAAUAUUUAUUCGGCCUAAUUACCCAUUGCAUUUCAAUGAGCUCAACUGUAUGGAAUCCAUGCUUGUAUACUUUAUUAAAUCAACAAUUUCGAUUGGCAUUUCUAAGUUUGUUACGAUCAGUACCAGUAGUACAAAAGAAAAGUUUAACAACAGAUAUCGGAUAA